AUGUCCGCACCAUAUGCUUGGGGAAAGGACAUUGCUUUCAAAACAAAUUGUGGUGGUAAUGUACUCAACCUCACCACCGGAACUGGAAAUAUCACCUCCGUCGACGUUGUUCCUUGUUCUGAGGAACCAUGUCAACUUCAAAAGGGCAAGGAAGCUCAUAUCACACUCAGAGGAGUAGCAAAGGAGGCCAUUCAAGAGGGAAGAAUUGAUACAACAAUGAGUGUUCUAGGCAUACAGGUGCCUGUGCCUAAUGUGGAGCGUGAUAUUUGCAAGACAGUGUCCAAGUGUCCAAUUAUGGCUGAGCAGCCUAUUGUGGCUGACCUAGUCGUUCCUGUGUCGCCCAUUGCUCCUGUUGCCAAAACCACAAUCACGGUCACGGUAUCAAGCCAGGACGGUCUUGUGUUUUGUGUCCAAUUUCCAGUCUUCCUGGAAUAG